CACAUGUGAAUAGUCAAUGCAGCAGUCCGUGUUGCUGCAUUUGCGCAUAUACCCUCUUCAUUCACAGUCUCUGGUCCAGCUUGGCUAGAUUGUGGUGCCCUUCGCCCACGCCCAACGCCCUGGAAAACAUCCGAGCUCCCAAAGGCCAGCUUCAUCACUUCGACUGCGCGCUUGCCGACCCCCGACAACGCAUGUCCACCCCACUGACUGUCUACCUCGCCGCGAUAGUAUAAUCAGAAAGGUCCGCCAUGGCCUGGCAAUCACCCUCGGCCAUGAAUGCGGGCGGUACGAAUGGCGGAGGUGAUGGAGGUGCACCAGCAGGGACCGAGUACACGCUGCAGGGAGUUAUGCGCUUCCUCCAACUCGAAUGGCAUAAUCACGAGCGCGCGAGAAACGCCUGGGACAUUGAGCGCGCAGAAAUGAAGGCAAAGAUUGCAAAACAGGAGGGCGAAGUGCGGAGCGCGAAGAAGUUGAACGACCAGUUGAACAAGCAUAUUCGCAUGCUAGAACAGGCUCUGGUGAAUGAGCGGAAGAAAAAGGCCUCUACAGCAGGAGGAGAUGCUCAAGUCGCAGAUGACAAGGACUCCAAAGGCAACAAGAGUGGCAUCAAUUCCAAAAAGCCGCAGAACAAACACCACAAUUCCUUCCUAGACGUCGACCCCGAGUUCCUCGACCGAUCAGACGCCGACCGAGACAAUCUGCGGGAAAAAUCAAAGCUCUACCUCACGAAAUGCGUCGAAGAGAUAACUUAUCUUCUAACGCCUCCACCGCAGCCCCCGCCUCAACAACAGAACCUCCACGCGUUUGGGAAUGGUACCGGAUUUCAUGGUGAACCAUCUAUGGAAGACAUGUACCUCCAGCAGCAUCGGCAAAAGCUACAGUCGCACCUGCCUACUAUGCCCGGCACAUCAAUGCCCAACCAUCAGCCCCCGAGUAUACCUGUAUCCUCUGAGCUUCAGAGCUUAGUAAAUCAGCAUCAGAUCCAUCACGCGCCACAGAUGACCCGGGAACCAUCGGGGCAGCAACCACUUUCUCAGCAGGCUAAUAUGACCCAAGAGUUCCUCGGACAACAACCUCCAGCACAGGGGGCACCGCAUUAUUCCUCGGUUCCUGAAGAGCAUGUAGAAAAGUUAACGCAUACCUACGACAACCAUGGCCGUCAAAUACCGAACCGUGACGAAGGCAACCCCGCUGCUACUCAACCCGCGGCAGAUGAUACAGGAGAUUGGACUUUUGAUGAACCAAUCGCUGAAAUGUCUCAAGAUGGACCCCCUCAAAGGAGGCCGGACACUGAAGAGUUCCCAUCAGCAAAUAACAUACCUGCCAAGUCUCCACCACGAGCAGGCAAGAAUCUAAAAAGAGACACUAAGCGGAGAUUAAGUAGCGACCUGAAGGGACAAGAAAUUACCGCACAGCAGACUGCAAGAACGGAUCCCCAAAGUUUCAAGGUCAGGUUUGCACUCCGUGGCCACCUCGAUGUCGUUCGCUCCGUAGUCUUUACCGGAGGUGGUAGUCCUAGCGAACCAGAAAUCUGUACAGCAGGUGAUGAUGGGAUGAUUAAGAGAUGGAUGAUACCCGCAAGUUACGCAAACCAGCACAGCAUGAACAACGACCUGGACAUCGCACCAUUCUGGUCACACAGGGGUCACGAAGGUGCCGUCACAUCAUUAGCUGCAUGUCCUGCCUCCGCCCAUUUCUCAACUGGCGGCCGAGUGUCUGGCGAUGGGUGGAUUUUCUCCGGUGGUCAGGAUGCAACAAUCCGCGUUUGGGAACGAGGGCGAGUUGACCCGAAGGCUACACUUGACGGCCAUACUGAUGCCGUUUGGACUGUAUGCGUGCUUCCCACCACCUGUACAUCGGUCUUCGGAGCCGAUAGCAGCAAUUAUGGAGGAGCAGACCGGAUAUUACUCGCCUCUGGGUCCGCAGACGGGACCAUCAAGAUAUGGGCAGUCAGUGCACCUCCUCAAUUAGUCUCACCCCAGACUGGAUCAAGACGCGGCGUUGGAGGCAGUCGAAGACACUCAGUCACCUCUGGAUCAAACCAUCCGUCAUCACCGCAGCCUAGUGUUGCUACUUCUACACCUUUUCACCACAUGCUUAUACAUACCAUCGAGCGCGCGACACAUCCCUCACCGACAUGCAUCAGUCCGCUGUCUCCAUCUGGAGAGAGCUUUGUUGUGUCUUUUACCGACGCGUCGAUUCUUGUUUACGAUACGCGGACGGGCGAGGAACUUAUUGGCAUGGCUAGCAAUGAAUCUUACGAUGGCACACCGGCUACUGGCAUCACGUCAGUGGUGACCAGCUCACAAUAUCUAGAAGGCCCAUCUCAAGAAGCAGGCCGGAGCGGGUCUGACGAGGAGGGUAUACAUGGGCCGACAGGCUCCAACAGUGGUGGCGGGCUCGAAGGCGUCAUCAUCAGUGGGCACGAAGACCAUCUUAUCCGGUUCUUCGAUGCUAACUCUGGCCAGUGCACAUAUAGCAUGCUCGCCCACCCCGCCGCUAUCUCCUCACUCUCCCUUAGUAAAGACGGCCGCGAAGCUGUCUCUGCAGGUCACGAUGCCUCCAUUCGCUUCUGGUCUCUCGACAAGCGUAUCUGCACCCAAGAGAUCACCGCACACCGAAUCAUGCGCGGCGAAGGCGUAUGUAGCGUUGUGUGGAGCCAGGAUGGCCGCCUUGUCGUUUCGGCAGGUGGUGAUGGGGUGGUCAAGGUCUUUGCGAGAUAGGGUCUUUGCAAGGUUGGCUAUGGUUUCCCUUAGCCCGCUUCCUUCUUGCGACGUUCUGAUUUGCGACUGCAUUGUUAGCUGCACAUAUCCCGAGCGUACCUUUUCAAGCCAUGGACCAUGUUGAUGGAAUGAGUGAUGGGAUAUGGAUAUGGACAUGGGGAUUUUUUUUAACUUUUUGGCGCCUUCAUCUUACUCCUACCUUACACUUCUUGUACCAACCGACUUCUACGCGUUCUUUAUUGGCACAGAAUCGUAAUGCAUGGUUGGGCGCGUCACUUUGGCAUACUUGGUGCUAGUGGGUUUGAUCUCCUACCUGUACUAUACGAUUGAGCUGAAAAGGGUUGAAAGUGAGGUCAGACAAUAAAUGUCAAUUGUGAUUCGCUGAAUGCCAUUACUUCUGUGCACCUG